GCAGCUGCUGAGAUGGCACAGAGCGCUGAGCUGCAGCCCAGCUUCGAGGACGUGUUCAACAUCCUGUCCCAGGUCCCAGCAGAGAAACUGCUGAGCCUCAAACACAAACUGAAGUACCUGGUACCUGGGCCCUGCAGCAAGUUACUGCAAGCCAUGGUCCUGCUCACUCUGGGGCAAGAAACGGAUGCAAGAAUUUGUCUGGAUGCCUUGAGGGACAACCAGGCAGCCCAGUACAUCCAGCAGAUCAAACUGGGCACUGCAGGAGCGCAGGAAAACGGAGAGGAUUUGCAGCCUCCCCAGCUGGAUGCAGGUGCCGUGGCACUGCUGGCACAGGUGUACACGGUGCUGGCACAGGAACAGCUGUGCAGUCCUGAGGCCAGGGACAAAGCCUGCCACGCCAGCAAGGACACCCAGCGGGGGACACCCAACAACAUCCCACCCGAGGAACAGGACAAUGAGGGCUCUGCAGCCAGCGGGGGCUCAGGGGACAGGUUUGGGACACUGAGAUCCCACGAGGACGCAGGAUUUCCCCACACAGCCAGCUCCCACUGCAUGGUGAGGAGCUCACCAGUGGGGAUCACAGGCAGCUCAGACCUUUCAGGCCCACGGACCCUGUGCUCUGCGGGGAGCUCCUCCCUGUCCAGCUGUCUGGAGAUCAGUGCAUCACCAACAGUUGCUUUUCACACCCAGCCCUCUGUCCCUGAGCGUGUCCCCUGGCCCAGCCGUGCUGGACACCCCAACGGGGACACAGAGAGCCAUGACCCACAGGAAUCCAGCUGGGCCAGCACCCCCAGCUCUGCCCCUCCUGGGCAGGGCACAGCUCGCCAAGAGCCCCAGCCAGAGAAGGUGCUGCAGGCCAGUCCCUGUCACCCCAGCCCUCUCCCCGUUCCUGAGACACCGCUGCCCUCGGAGCCUGCCCAAAGCAGUGACGUGUCCAGCACAGUGACAGAGCCCCACACACCGAGGGAAAAGCAGCAUGAAAAGCAAUUACCUGCUGAUGUCCCUGACUCAAGGGCUGCAGUGGAUACUGCCCCUGCCCUGGUGUCCAUCCAGGGCUCCUACAUUCCAGCAGGCAUUCCCUGUAACUCUGCUUCUAUUUCAACCCGUUCCCUUCCUCCUCCUACUUAUUCCUUCUCCUCAACUCUUCCUCCUCUUCAGGAAUCUUCCUCCAAACUAUCAUAUCCCCCUCCCCUGCCUCCAUCCCCCUCUCCAGCCAGGCCUCCUGCUCCCCCAGCCACGGAUCCAGCAGAGCCAGAUGGUGCCAAGUUCUUCACAUUUGUUGUCCUGCACGCCAGUGAAGAUGAGCUUGUGGCCCUCGAGGUCAAGGACCUGCUGGAGAGCAUGGGGGUGCCCAAGGGUGCCACACUCAGUGAGGAUUUCUUCAUUGCCGGGCGCAGCCACAUGAGCUGCUUCCAGGACGCCUUGGAGAACUCUGCCUUCAUCAUCCUCCUGCUGACCAAGAACUUUGCCUGCAAGCUGUGCCUGUACCACACAGACACUGCUCUGAUGCAGUCCAUCCUGGACCCCUCCAAGCUGGACUCAGUCAUCCCAUUUCUACCCAAGGCAAACGCCCUGGAGUGCAGCCAGAUCCCCAAGGUGCUCAGUGCACUCGUCACCCUGGAUGAGAGUUCUCCUCUCUUCUCCAGGAAAGUGCAGAACACGUUUAACCCCGAGAGGAUCAGUGAGAAGAGAGCCAUGUGGGAGCAGCUGCAGAGGAGGAAGCUCCAGGCACGUUGGGAACAGCACCGAGCCCAGCAGAACCUGGCUGCCCUGAGCCUGGGCUCCCCUCCCUGGGUGCCUCCAGCAGUGCCACCAAGGCCAUCAGCCCAACCCUGGUGUCCCCCUGGCCCCCUGGACCCCCCUCCUGCUCACAGGGGUCCUCCCCCUUCCCAAGCACAGCUGCCCCCAGGCCACUACAACCUCACACCAGGCCAGGCACCCCUCAUCAUCCAACAUGCCAGCAUGGUCCAGAUCGGGAACCACAACAUGAUGCAGGUGGGAACUGCCCCACCUGGGCCAGGGCACAGCCAGGAGCAACCCAGGCACAACCUCUGA